AAUGAAUUGAUUUAAUUAACAGGGGAAUCUGAGGGGCCCUGGGAAAUGCAGCCUUUACUCUGCUGAGGCGAGCGCGGCAGGCACGGAGGGAGGAAAAGCGCGCGGCUCCGGCUCCGGCUCCGGCCCGGCCCGGGCAGCGGCUGCUCGCGCGGCUCCAGCGAUCCGGGCCCGGCCGUCUCGCCCCCGCGCCCGCCCCCAGUCCCUCCUCCUUCCUGCGCUCCCUGCCCGCCCGGCUGCGCUCCGGACGCGGUUCCGUCUGCCCCGGUCGGCAGCCGCGGCUCUGCGGCCGGAGGCGGGGGUCCGAGCCGUGCGCCCCUCCGUGUCCUCCGCGCGUGUCCGGCAGGAGCCGCCAGGACCAUGGUGUUGGACCAGGAGGACGUUCGUAGUUCCUUGCAAUUCUGAGGCACAAAAGUAGGUGAGACUGCUUUUGUAUCUGCGAAGUGCUUCACUCCUGAAUGUAAUUCUAGCUGAGUGCAAUCUAGGUUAAGAGCCGGACAAGCGGGUAAUUAGAGCCCGCUCCCAGCCCGAGGACCGGCCGCCCCGCCGAAGCGCGCCCCGAGUCGGCGCCCUUCUCCCGGCCGAGCCGAGCUGCGGCUGGACACGGAGCGCCCGAGAUGAUGGUGCUGGACAAGGAGGACGGUGUACCGAUGCUCUCCGUCCAACCCAAAGGGAAGCAGAAGGGCUGCGCGGGCUGUAACCGCAAGAUCAAGGACCGCUACCUGCUGAAGGCGUUGGACAAGUACUGGCACGAAGACUGCCUCAAGUGUGCCUGCUGCGACUGCCGCCUGGGCGAGGUGGGCUCCACCCUCUACACCAAGGCCAACCUCAUUCUGUGCCGACGUGACUACCUGAGGCUCUUUGGCACCACAGGGAACUGUGCUGCUUGCAGCAAGCUGAUCCCAGCCUUCGAGAUGGUGAUGCGGGCCCGGGACAAUGUGUAUCACCUCGACUGCUUCGCCUGCCAGCUCUGCAACCAGAGAUUUUGUGUGGGAGACAAAUUCUUCCUGAAGAACAACAUGAUCUUGUGUCAGAUGGACUAUGAGGAGGGGCAGCUCAAUGGCACCUUUGAAUCUCAAGUUCAGUAACGCCUGGCGCCUGGCCUCCAGGCCCGUCUGUCCGUCAGCCCAUCUGCCCACCCGCCCACCUGCGUGGCCGGCCGGCCAGGUACUCUACCAGUGCAGGCUGGCCAGCCGCUCUCCUGCUGCGUUACAACUUCUCCGUCCUUAAUGGGAGGGAUGGCCCUUCCUCCUCCACCGCCGCCCGUCUGUGUGUGACCCCUCCUGGGGCCAGGCUGGGCCUGUACAGUCUGUCUUCUGUAUAUAAAUGGGAACAUUUAUUUUAUGAGAAAUGUAAUGCGAUUUUAUUACUGGCGUGGAUUAAACUUAUGAAUGUUUCCGGGGAGGUUA